CGAAGAAAAGGCUACUCUAAAGUCAAUUAGAACAACGAGAAACUUCACAAAAAUUUAGAUUUUUUCACCUUGUAUUAUUCUUUAGCCUGUAUGUACUGACAUAGAAAAACAACUAAGGAACAUGACUGUAGUAACAUGAAGAUUCUCAAGGCAAUAUUUUGUCUACCAAGCUGGGUUGUAAACGUCAGUGCAUAAAGUUUGAAAUGAGUCUUGAAUUGUUAAAAGCACAGGUUUUUUCUGGAAUAGAUCUUGAAAAAAUGAAGGAAAUACAUUUUUAAAAGUAAAUCGGUGUGUUAUGUAACUGAUUGCCAUACCAUACUUAAUUAAAUAUCUAUAUACAAACAGCAGUGUUCACAACUUCAAAUCAUGUUUAUUUAUUUAGUGGCUUUGGUAUUAGGCAUGUAGAUCAUAAAAAAUCCAAUGGAUGAUAAUGCAUUUUUUUCUAUUUGUACCGAACUGUUCUGGACAGGAAAAACUAAAAGAUGAGAAAAUUUUUUGGACUAUCACUGCCAUGUCAGAGACAUUUAAAGUCUUGUGUGAUAUGUAUAGUUGUUUUCUUCGUCAUAGAAAGUAUCAUAUUUAAUUCCCUGGUACUGUACAUUAUAUGGAACCUUCAUUCCGCCAUCAGUGACAUAGUGAGUGCGCCAGGGGAGACAAUUUUGGACAAACUGGCUGUAAAUCCAUUCUUUGCAAAAUUGAUUUAUUCUGGCAAAGAAGGAGGUUUUGUAACUCUGCUUGAUAAUACAGUUGGCAGGGUUUAUAUGGAGACGGUAGAGAAUCUUGAUGGUACGAAGCAGUCGCGAAGACGCAUCUCAAGACUGAACGACGGCACAGCCAUGAGACAGCAUUAUAUAAAUAGAAUUGGUAUAGACGUUUCAUCAUCUGGAGAGACAAUGUACAUUCUUGAAAGAAUACAAAAUCUUGAAAUUAACAGAACUAAAUGGGAGAAGUUAGUAAUCGAUAUCGGAGCUAAUGAUGGACUUUUAUCUAGUAAUUCCUAUAAUUUUAUUCGCUGGGGCUGGAGUGCAAUUUUAGUGGAACCACAAAGCUACCAGCUAGAUCUAGCAAAGAGGAAUCUGCACGGAUAUAUCAGUCAACAUAAAGAACAGCGUGUGUACUUCCUGAAUGCUGUGAUAGGUGACUACGAUGGAACGGCCAAGUUUAAACUGUCUCCUGAUAUUGUCGCUAUGGAAAGCCAUGUCGUCUCCGAUGGUGACGAAGCAGGAGUAAUUAUGGAUGUUCAGUGCUACUCUGUAAAAACGUUUGCUGCCAAAUUCAAAGUCCCAAAACAUUUUGGUAUUUUGUCUAUAGAUGCAGAAGGUUUUGGAAGUAUGAUUCUUCACCAGUGGAUCAAGCUUGGAUACCGACCCAUGUAUAUAAUACAUGAAGACCUUCACGACCCUGAGGACAUUCUUGAAACCACUCGAAAACUGAAGCAAGCUGGAUAUGAUCAUUUGACUAAACGCGGAUGGAAUAAUAUAUUCGAAUACAAUCCAAGCGUCAGUCGGAAUUGAUAGAUCUGUGUGCAUGGUUACACAUGACAUACAAGGAUGUUUGAAGAAUACAGUACAAGAGUUGUUGGAAACUGACAGAUCAAAUGAUCAGCAUGAUAACCGGAGUAAACGAGGAUGGAACAGUAUAUCCAAAUACAAUCCAAGCAUCAGUCAAAACUGACAGAUCAAACGAUCAGCAUGAAAUCACCUGACUAAAUGAGGAUGGAACGAUAUAUCCAAAUAAAAUACAGGUGUCAGUCAAAACUGACAGAUCAAACAACCAGCAUGAAAUCACCUGACUAAAUGAGGAUGGAACGAUAUAUCCAA